AUGGAAUCUUUCGCCUAUGUGAUUCGGCCUGUGCAUAUUGUAUAUUUCUCCUUCACCGGUGCCGCAUUUGCUAUCGUCAUCAUUGUCAUCAUCUUUCGGACAAGUAAAAGGCGAGAACACAACUUUGCUGGGACAUUUCCAAGUCAUUUCCAUAGCAACCAAGAGGCGUUAACUGUCAAUUACUCCCCGCAUGAUACACUGAAUUACCCUUACGACUCCCUCGUCAGGGGCAUACCCCUUUCCCAUCCGUUAGAUCCUCUUCCAAUGGCCACAAGCGAGUUGAGGUCACACACCAACAGACGACGUCGUAGGAGCUGUGAGGAUCACGAUGACGAUCAGUGGUGCGACCACGGUGGUCGUGGUGGUAAUGGCAACACAUCGUCUGGCUGCAAUUUCUACUUCUCCACCAUAGCCGAGGACGAUGAGGGGCGCGAAGAGGAAGAAGAUGGCGGGAGGGGUUUGAAGGGUAUGAUGAAAGGCAAGGAGUGCUACCCGACCAGACCGAUGUCGAGUUGUUCGUCGGAUGGAGCUUACGCAUAUGUCGACUAUAACGCAUAGAUAGCAAUGAUUCCUUAAAUGAGAACUGUUCAGUGGUGC